AUGUCUACUAAUACUACUGAAAAAUUACCUCAACUGGUUUUAAAUUUAUUAACUUCAAGUAGAUUUAUUCAUUUGGCAACUUGUUUAAAUAAUAAACCUCAUGUUUCUUUAAUGAAUUAUACAUUCUUUCAUCAAGAUAACACCAACAUAAUUAUUAUAUCAACUCCAAAGAAAACAACUAAAUAUGACAAUAUUAUAUCAAAUCCAAAUGUUUCUAUAUUAAUUCAUGAUUGGAUAUCUGUUAAAAAUACUCCAGAAUCAACAAAUGAGACAAAUAAUGACAAUGAUAAUAAUGAUAACAGACGUAAUUCUCUUUAUGAAUUGCUUGCUAAUUUUAAUAAAAAUGAACUUAGUAGAGUUUCUGUUAUGUUGGAUGGUCAAGCUAAAGUUAUUGAUAAAUCAAAAGAUAAAUCUAAAUUUGAUUUUUAUAAAUCAUUACAUUUAAAUAAUUGUAAAAUUGAUCAAUUACAAGCUAAAAAUUAUAUUGAAAAUGAUGAUAAUGCUUUAAUAUUAAUUGAAAUUAAAAGCUGUAAAGUUACUGAUACUGAUAAUAACGUCGAAGAAUAUUAG